AUGGCGUGGAAUCACCAGAGCCACCAGGCUCCCACCGGCAUGGGCGCAACCUUCGUGCCUGGCUCGUUCGACGACGACUACUACAUGCCCGUCGCUACUCCGCCGCUGAUUGCGCCGGAACCGCAGAGGUAAAUAUGAUCUGCCCUCCUCUGCCCACACAUCCUCGUUGCCGUACAUCAUGAAUGCUUUCGGCGCAGAGAUCGAGUGGGUUGGAUCGCAGGAGGAAACGCUCACAUACCGAUGGCAGGAUCAACCCCGAGAUGCCUAACCAGAUCGCCGACGGCAUCCACAACAUGGACCUCAACUCUUCAAAGCGCGGAUACUCAAAUCUGUCAGAGCUGCACGAUCCUCCCCAUCUCUCACCCUUCCCGAAGCUCGUCAACCCGCCCCCCAACGUCCCGCCCUCCGACGAUGAGCUGGAAACGCGGCUGGAGAAUGCGCGCGAGCCCGUACUCAACUCCAACGACCCGGAGAUGCAGUUGGCAUGGGCUCAAGACGCGCUGACACACUGCGGAGUCUGCGCGGAUGAGGCAGAGAGGCUGGCAGCAAUGAAGCCUCUCCAGGCCAGAGCCUCGACGCCUCGGAUAGAGCAUCAGCUCAAGACAGACGCGAUGAACAUCGUCACCUUCCUCGCCGAUCAACAUCACCCGCGUGCCGAAUUCUUGCGGGGCAUGUGGUUGGAAUGGGGCCGCUUUGGACAGAGAGAGGACAAGAAGGAGGCAUUCCGGUGUUAUUCGCGGGCCGCAGACAGAGGCUAUGCUAGAGCAGAGUACAGGAUCGGCAUGCUUUACGAGUCGUACAACGACCCGAUCAAAGCCUUACGACACUACCAUCGCGGUGUGGACGCAGGAGACUCGGCAUCCUGCUACCGACUUGGUAUGAUGACGAUACGAGGCCAGCAUGGGCAACAACAGGACCUUGCCAAAGCCGUGGACCUCAUUCGAAGAUCGGCAGAAUCUGCAGACGAGAAUGCGGCUCAGGGAGCAUACGUCUUUGGCAUGUUACUUGCGCGGCAGCUUCCGCAAAUCGACGUACCUGAAUCAUAUCUGGAAUUCAACGAGCAGCUGGCGAGACAGAACAUCGAGAAGGCUGCCUACAUGAAAUUUGCCAAAGCACAGGCGAAGAUGGGGUCUAUGUACGAACUUGGCUCACUUGGAUGCGAGUUCAAUCCGGCGCUGUCCAUGCACUACAAUGCACUGGCAUCGAAACAAGGCGAAGCAGACGCUGACAUGGCGCUCAGCAAAUGGUUCUUGGUGGGCUCAGAGGGCAUCUUCCCCAAGAACGAGGAACUUGCAUACACCUAUGCUGAGCGAGCUGCGGCAACCGCCCUCCCAACGGCCGAGUUCGCCCUGGGCUACUUCAAUGAAAUCGGGAUGCACGUUGCUGUAAACCUGGACAAGGCAUCUGAAUGGUAUCAAAAGGCGGCAAAGCAUGGCAACGGCGAUGCCAAAGCCCGUCUUGACGCGCUUUCCAAGAAGCAGGUCCUUUCAAAAUCAGACCACGAGAAGGUCGCCAUCAAUCGGAUAAAAUCUCAGCAUGGUUCCAUGAGAGGUCAGCGACCGGAAAGAUUUCGGCAAAAGCAGGAGUCUAGUAUGGGUACGGUCACGGAAGCUGCGCCUUACGGAAACGCUGCUGUUCGGCUGCCGCCGUCCAGGGGCUCCUCCAGGACUCCAUACCCCGAAGACAAUGCUCCUCCGAGACCGGACCAGAGACCGGCGUCAGCCGCACCGUACCCCAUGGGCAACGGGCCACCGCCAGCAAUGGGCCCAAUGGGUCAAGGACCAGUGGGUGGCUUCUUUGCCGCACAGCAUCCAGAAACGAGACCAGCGUCGAAUGUCUACCUACCGGAGAUCCGCCCCGGCUCCGCCUUCCAGCUCAAUCCGGAGGCUCGACCGAAUUCGACGGCAAAUGUGCCGAUGCAACAAGGAGCACAGCGGCCGUAUGGUGGUGGCCUUGCGCCACCUCCAGGCGUGGGUUUCCGACCCCAGACAGCGCAGCCGUACGACAGAAAGUCUUCAGCGCCAGCUCACGCACCCGACGGUCGGCCUCUCCAUCCCAAUGACCCACGUGCAAGACCCACAAUGAACACUAGAGUUGCGUCUGUGCCAGCGGGUAUGAUGCAGCAAGGACGGCCUCCAACGACAGGACCGCCACCUCCUCCAGGGCCUGGACACCUCUCCCACCAGCCGACUUCUCCUGCCGGCCUAGGUCUAUCUCCUUCUCCUCUGAGGCCUGGCGGAAUGGACAUCGGCUUCAGCGCGCCGCAUCAACAACGCCCGCAAACAGUCGAUCCUACGUACCAGGAAAAGAAACUCGCAAGGAGAAGAGAAUCGGGCAACUAUCAACGGGAAAGUAUGCCCAACUUCGACCAGCAGCCCCUUUCGCGCCCGGGCUCGAAGCCACCUCCUGGAGAUAGGCGAGCGACUCCGAACAGCAGUGGUGGCGCACCAACGCCACCUAUUAAACAAGGUGGGCCUUCGCAGGCUCCUCCGAAGACUCAGCCGAAUGCGCCGAGGCCGCCUGGCAAAGGACCGAAGACUUUCGAGGAGAUGGGUGUUCCUGCGCACGAUAAGGACAAAGAAUGUGUAAGUGUGAUCCGAUCCGACGCGAAGGAGGAUGAUACUAACAUUAUUGCAGAUUGUAAUGUGA